GUCAACUGUCAUUAGUGUCAAAACAACUUUUAAAUGCACAACAAAACUAAAAAUAAAUCUAUAAAUAUUUCUUACAUGAAUAAAUCACAGGUAUAAACAUGUAUAGACCUGAAUUCUUUUGUCACAGUAUUUUUACCGACAUGAGAAAUCAGCAUGAGCCAGAGCGCUGUUCGUUAAUUCCGAUUCAGAUAUCUGAUGAUAGUUUUCAAGAAGACACUAAACCAAUAAUUCAUGAUCUGGAUAGUGAAGCUUCGAAUGAAUACAAAAAAUUAAAGCAACAGAAAUGUAAUGUAUGUGAUAAAGUUUUAUCUUCGGCCUCAAGCUACUAUGUGCAUAUGAAAAAACAUUCUAAUAAUAAACCAUAUCAAUGUACCCACUGCGAUGCUUCAUUUUGCAGAAAACCGUAUUUAGAGGUUCACAUGCGAACACAUACCGGGGAAAAACCAUUUGAAUGUGAUGUAUGUCAAAAACGCUUCACCCAAAAAUCUAGUCUAAAUACUCACAAAAGAAGUCAUACUGGCGUCCGACCAUUCUCAUGUGAUAUUUGUUUCAAACGAUUUUCAGUUAAAUCAUAUUUAGAAGCCCACAAGUGGAGUCAUGCGGCAUCUAAUGGUAUAGCUUGUAAUAUCUGCCACACAACUUUCAACAAUAAAAGUCAUUAUAUGUUACAUAUGCAAACACAUAACUCAUCGGUGUUCAGUUGUGAUAUUUGUCGUAAAAUUUUUGCAAAAGAACCGUUUUUGAUUAGACAUAAAAGUAGGAUGCACAACAAUAAAAUAAUAAAUGACAUUUCAACCGGCUAGGUAUUACUUUAUAAUGUAGAUAAACAAAUUGUGUGUGUGUUGUGUAUUAUACAUAUAUUUAUGAGAAUUUUAGAAUUGAUUUUCAUAUUCAACCGAAUAACUUAAGCUCGACAAUUUAGCAGUUUCUAGUAAAUCUUAGAGAAUAUAAUUUAUUCCAGUUACUUUAUUUUUACAUUGGUCAUAAUAAAUAUGAAAAAUACAAACAAUUACUUAAAUGAUGGAAUUGUAUUUGGGAAAAAUGAGAAAACGAACUAGUACUGAAACUAAAAAUUGUGGAUGGUGAAUAAACAAGUCUCUUUUCAGCUCGAUUCCACAAAUUUGAUAUUGUUUUUUAAUCAUGAAUUUAGCCGUGUGUGAGUGAUUCGAUAAGAGCCGAAGCUCUCAUAAUUUUGAAUUUAGAAAUGAGUUGUACUGAUUUCUUGUCUAAUUUUAAACAAGAUGAGGGCUUGAUUAAUUCUGUGUGUGUGGGAUUUCUGUUACCGGCAGUUUGCAACCCUGAUCAGAAGCCACCAUGUGGAAUUUUUAAAACUGUCUAAAGACUUUUGAAAACAAACUAUUCUUGAUUGAACUAACUUUCUUUCACUCCUUAUAAAAAGAACUAGAGCCAUUCAUCAAAAGUGGUUGCUUCCUAACUUUAUUUCUUUAAGAAGACCUGAUAUCCAUUCCAAUUAACUUAAUGAGGCGGUUCGUUGCAGGUGAAAUUCUUCAAAGCUUUCCUAUGUAUGAAAUAGACGUUUUCAAAAAGGAUACCAAUGGUCUAUCUGGCAACCUCAAAAGAGUGCAAGAUAUCGAUUUAGAGUAGACCGCAAAAACGAUUUUGGAAAAAUGCAUUCAGUCAAAGAUCUUUCGCAAGGAUUGUAGAAAUUCUUUGAUGUAUAUGGUUUGCAAACUUUUGGGAAAAUGCCCGUUAGCAUUCUAAUUAACUAAAGCAAUAAGUUUCCUGAAUCCCAAUAAGACUAGCAAUAAUCUAGAACAAUCCACGCAACUCAUGUCUGAAGCAGUUGAUAUUUUGUUUACUGCCAACAGAUGUAACGCCACUACGUUAGAAGAAGUAGACGGGGCAUUUAGAGAUAUAAGAUCCCUCUAAAUAAGAUGGAAAACUAUUCCAUACAUGAUAGAGUAGAUGAUUUUUGGAUGGAAAUUAUCUAAUAGUUUAAAAAAGGUGACGCUAUUUCUUCAAAUAAUUUCUCAUGACAUUGCGAAAGCAAGGAGAGGAUUUUCUGUCAAUAAGAAGAAUUUGAUUGAAAAUUUGAAAGGAUAUUCACUUAUAGACCAAAGAUUGGUGUACGAUUAUCUACAAAAAAUCGGUGGACAAAAAAAUGUAGAUAUUCCAAAAUCUAUUAUACUCUCUAUGAGGAAUGGUUGUAGCACAAAAAGACAAAAAAUCACAAGAUUUUCUAGAAACUGAGAAAAGAAAACUAGAAAAACUAAAAAACUGGAAACAAAAAGAAAAAAUGCUUAAAGACUUUCAAAAACAACUUGCAGUAGUGGAGCAAGAAUUACUUAAAUUAAAAAAUUACUUGUUUGUUUUAUUAUAAUUGUAUUUUCUAAAAUAAAUAUAGAAAAUAUUGAUAUAGAAAGUACAUAAGCAAAACCGUGUUUUAUAUUUUUUUAAUAAUGUCUAGUAAUGAUUGAAUCUUGGUCUAUUGACUUUUGCUAGGUUUCAAUAAAUAACUUUUAGGCCAAAUUUUAGCGUUUAUCAAAAUAUUUUUUAUUAUUGUCAACCCUGUUGUAGUAUGAUGCUGAAGGAUUCAACAAACACAAGAGUGAGAAAAAUGUCGUUUUUUAAUAAAUCAAACUGGACGUAGUCUUUCUAGAUGGACAUUCUCGCAAUCUCAGACGACUGUUUCCCUUGGUUCUGCGCAGAAUCGACAAGAGCUGUUGAAAUCUUCUCCGAUGUUCGUCACCAAACAGUGUCCAGUAAACAUACCAGUAACUCUUUUUAGCCCCUCUUAGUUUAAUGAAACAACUUUUUAGGUUCAGUUAGUUUAACAAACAAUUCUCUGCAAUUAACUUUGUUCUUUGCUAAUAUUUAUGUAUAUCCGUAGUUGAAUUGUGGGUAAUGUAUGGAUGCCUUAUAUUUCCGAAUGGGAAAUAAGCUUCUGAGCCCUUUGAAAUUAGCGAGCUUCGUAGGAUCCCAUUAUCAACAGUAGUCCGUAGCUGUGCUUGUUCAUAAUUGCCCAUGAAGCAUCAUUUGAAAGACAUGGCGUCCUUGACCAUUUCAAUGGGCAACUUACAUUGUUCUAAAGCGCUUAGAUGCCCAGCUAUGUCGUCAGCGCUUUACUGCUUCAUUUUCUACUAAUGCCUUUAAGUCUAAGAUGACUGGGUCUCAAUAUUUGAGUGAUCAAUUCGAUGUUUUGACUGUUCAAAAACGUUUUUGUUUGAACCAAUGUGUGAGAACUAAAAUUGUCUUCUGCGGUUGGUUUUCCUGAUUUUUUUCGAACAUUACAGAAUUGUAAUCCAUAGAAAAUGCCCUCCAUAAGAUACUUGUUCAACAAGUGAACUUUUGUGUCACUUUUGCCACUCAAUUAUUAACCAAGACUUUAAAAAAAUUACAGUUAAUUUAUUUCAUUGGUAUUUCGAUUAGUGUUUUUACAUUUUUAAUCCGUACUUUUUACCAACACAGUUUAUUCGUUCGAUCAUGUGCCGCAUAUUCUCAAUAGUGUCUGUUAUUAGAACUGAGUCGUCUGCGUUUCUAAUAUUGCUUACAUACACCCCGUUAACUUUCACUCCUCUAUCUUCACUUUAGAGUGCUUCAUUAAAGAUGGCCCCAGAGUAGAGAUUAAAUGAAAGUCGAAACAGGAUGCAUCCUUGUCUGAUCCCUCUGCUAGUUGCUGUUACCUGUUGUUAGUUUAUCAUUUCUUCGCACCUAAUUCCAUGUAAUUUUCUUGGGGUAAAUUACUUCAGUCGUUUCCCGUUGCCUUCUGAAGGGUUUGUAUAGUUUUUCUCCUCAAUUUAUAUAGAAUGAACUGUCCCUAUUUAAACUAUUUUUACAUUUAAGAACCUUAAAACUUUCAAAUGUAUUGAACAAUUUGUUUUUUAACAAAUUUACAUUAUUAUGAUUCCAUUCAUAUUGGAUCUUUGAACUGGACAUAACCAGACAUCUUAGUUAGCCCAACAUAAUUAUUGUCACAACAAUUAAUACAGCUAAUUUCAUAACAAACCACUUUUCCAAAUUCUAGUAAUAUAUUCUUGGAAUGGACCAAUAUAUUUUUUAAUGUAUUGUUAAUUUUGUAUUAUUAUGUAAAAAAUAUGUGCUAUUGAAAGUAAAUGUUGGAAAUGUUAUGUGAUAUUACAUCUAAAACCAGGAAAACAUAAUUGUGUGGCAGUACCAUAUCUUUAACAGUUCUGUUAAAAGUAAAGGAUUUUUUAAUGUGCUGUUGAUGAAGAUAUAAAAUUUUUGUCAAAGUAUCAGUUAACCCAAGACUAAGAUGUUCAAUUGGAGUAUUAAUUGAUGCUACAGUUAGUCUAGUUGCUAAAGUAGAUCCAUUGGUAAACAAGAUAAUUUAGCAGAAAUACCUUCCGUUCAUUUCUCUUGUUGUAAAUUUGCUUUUUGCCGUAUUUUUUUAACAAAUUAUUGAAUUUAAUAAUUAUUUUAAGAGCGUAGUAGUAAGCUAUUUAUGUAUACGUUGCUACUUAAAGUUUUGAAAUAGACAAAUAAAAACAAAUAUCUUAAAACUUAAGUAGCAACAUUCGCAUGAUGUAUUAUUGUCAAUCGUGAUCGAUCCACUACUGUACAAUUUUUUAACAACUAUAUGAAAUUUAGAAUCUGAUCGACACUUGUUAUUGUCUUGAGGGGUGUCAGUUGAACCAACAGUCGCUUUAAAAUACUUUUGAUAAUAAAUGUGAUAAUGUUUACUUAUGACAGCCAUCUUGUUGAGAAAAUACAGAUACAAAAAAUAAAUAAAUAAACUUGAAACAAUCAAUUACAAGAAAAUUAGAAUUUUCAGAAAGGGUUCAUGUAUACAGAAAUUUGCUAGAAUUUAACAUACUAUUUUAUAUGUAUGGUCAAAACAUUUUAUUCUCAUGUGGUGGGUGAUUUAUAGACUGAUAUAAUUGACCGAGUUGUCAGGGUUAAAUUGUAUUUUGAAAAACGCUGGAAUUUAGUCGAAAUAAUUUAAGAUUCGAAUACAUUUAAUAUUCUUUUUUCACGAUUAAAAAGAAUACCGUAUUCUCGAUACUAUGAAAACUUUUGUCAUUUUGAAGGUUGUUUUUUGAAUCUUAUCAUCACAACAUUUGGACCAAUCGACUUUUUGAUUGAUGCUUUAUGAUGUGGAUUCAUGUCAUUUUGGGUCAUUUGGCCAAUAUGAUCACAUUUUGGUUGAUUUUAAUUAUUUUUUUCUUAAUAAUGGCCAAAAUAUCUUUCGUUUUGGUUCAUCUACAGUUAUACAGGAAUGAAAUGCGAAAACAUGAGCUUCGGAAUUGUCAAAAAGCUCAAAUCCUAACUUUAGAUAUGUCAAUAAAUACAAAAAUAUCUGACUGUAUUUCUAAAUGAAUUUGUCAAUAUUUAAAAUACUUUUUUAUAAAUUUCAAUGUAACUGCUUGUUUUUCGUAUACUGACAUUUGGAAUGUGCCAAUUAAGAAUAAAAAAUUGUGUGGUCAAAACAUAUUUUAAUUUUAUAUUCAUGCAAUUGUCCCAGUUGUCAAUGUUAGAUUAUAUUUUGAGAAAAACACCGGAAUUCGGUCGAUAUUAUAUGAAUAUAUGGUUGUAUUCCCAUUAAAUCUAUAAAAUCUAUCGUUUGCUUAUUGAUUUUACAUAUUUCCCAUAUUCAUUCCUUCCGUUUACAGCAAAAAUUUAUGAUUCGUAGAUCCGUCUUCUCAUUGAGUUACUACUUCUUCUUAUGUCCUUCGAUUGUGAGACUUUGUACAAUAAUAUCUAGUUUUUCCUGUUCCAUAUUUUUAUAUUCUUCAUUUUUCUCUAUAUUACUAAUUUCAACGUUCAAUAAAAUUCCGAAGAUUGACGCAUUGCCGCUCUUACCAGAAGUUUUUCUUUGAACUAGUCCAACUUUCAAACUUCAUAUAUUUUAUAUCAUGAGCUUGAAAAUAUGUCAUUUUUUUAAAAUCUCUAUUUAGCUCGGUAUUAAGUAGUGUUUUAGAGUAUCGAGUAAUAACAAAGUUAGGCCAAUGAUAGUAAGCACUACUUCCGAUAAAGUUAUUUCACUGUAGGUGAUUAAAUAUUCAAAAUUUCAUUUUUGACGCUAUUUAAAAAUUGUAAUUCACAGAGUUAAUCUACAAAAUCACUCAUUUUUCUUGAUAUGCCACACGUUUGCAUCAUCUAUUCGACAAAAGCUUCUCUAUCCGCUUUUUGUAUAAUGGGGUUCUAUGUCAGAUACACUUUCUUACUUAUUUUUGAACUCUAGUUCUGCAUAACUCCUGUACAUUCGUCACUUGGUCAAUUUAUUAGAUUCUAAAAAGUAAUAUCUCCAUUCCCAACAUAUCAAUUCAAUUUUCUGUUUUUAAAGUUGUGUGGCCAAGAUUUCCUACGUUAUUUACAAUUAUCACUGUUUCAUUUAGAUAAGAUUUCUUAUGAUUUAUAUAUCUUGCCAUUUAUGUAAUUUUUUUCUAAAAGCGAUGUAAAUAGUUAGUCGAAUAUAAUCAAAAUAUUUUUCGUAGUCAAUGAAACAUAUAAAUAAGUUUUUCAAAAAUUUCUGUACUAAUUUCAAUUAUUUCAGUGCUUCUCUAGUACUAGUCUCUUCUGCCCUUAUUAUUCAUCGAAUAUUUGAUGUAUGACAUUUAAGAUUUCAAAGACAUUAAUCAUGGGCCGAUUAUUCUGGAACAUUCAGACAGAUCUAUGAAAGUGGACGUUAGCUAGUCUAUAGAACUAUACAGUCUUUUUUUGAUUGACCAAGGUUGCUGCUGAUAUGUUAUUUCUUCCAGGUGUUUGAUCAGAUAAUUUUUCAGGGCAUUCUUUCCAAAGUUAUGUUCGAUAUUUUCUAUAGUUUUUUAUGGAAUUUGUUGUAUGUAAUUCCCCUGCUUCCUGAUAUCGUUCUUGGCGUUAACGUAAUCCAACCUUUCACUCCUUGUACAGACUGAAUGACAAAUAACAUUUAAACUAGUUAUGUCAAGCUGGGAACAUGAAGAAUUCCUUUGAGUAUGCUUUUUAUAUUUUCACUAAUCGGCAAUAUUCUGGAUUGAAUUAUGACUAUUCAAUUUUUAUAUCGCCAAAUUAAGUCAAUGGAUAAACAGGACAGUGCAAAUUAUUAAACAGAACGGAUUAAAAAAUAUUUGUACUUAACGAAGUUAUGAAUAAUUCAAGAUUAUUGCUGAGUAUAAUUACAGUUUGGUAAUAUUUUUUUAGGAGCACCAUUAUCUUUUGUAUCUGAAAUGAGUUUAUUUUAAUCACUUUUUUUAUAAUGAUACAUUAGAAUUUGUGAGUUUAUUAGAGGUAUUUUAUUUUCAUUCCUUUCGAUGAAAUCAAAACUGUACUGUUUUUUAAUACAUCAAACAUUUGUAUAUAUAUAGUGCUAAAAUAAAAUACUACUUAGCUAUUAAA